AUGUUAGCGCCGCUGCCGACGACAGUCGGCGUCGCGUCCAAUGGUACUCAUGCAGCAGUCAACAAGCUCCAAUUUCAAAAUGCAGACGUUGUUGCCGGAACCAGUGCAGUUGCCACUCCGUCAGGAGCAUCCGAUUCAGCAAUCGCCUCGUCGUGCUUGAAUAACGAUAUUUCGACUAUUACGGAGUCAUGGCAGUCCUUUACGGUCAUGGAAUACAUGACAAGCCUGCUGUCUGCUGCUCCACCUAGUGCGACCGUCGACGGUGCUGUCGACGGCGUUAUGCUCAUGCAUGACGAUGUCAACCCGCCCGGCGCUGUCUGUACUUACACUUCAAAAUGUGACGCUAUUGGUUGCACUCAGGUGAAAGACUGGGACAAUGGGAGCGACCUCACGGUACAACGUUUCCUUGCCUACACCGCCAUGGUCAACCUCAACAACUACCUCUAUAAUAUCUACUUUAGCCUGUUAGAUUCGGGCACAAUAGGUGGAUUGGUGAGCGGUAACAUCGUCACAGUGUUCUUCACGAAUCCAUCGCCCAGUGCUACUUGGAUACAAAUCAUGGGCACUGUCACUCCACUUCUGGGGCUCGGUUCCGCUAUCCUUGGACCAUUGAGCGCCGCCAUCAGCCCAGUCCUCGGAGCCCUAAGUGCAAUCUUCAGCUUCAUCACGGCUUUUGCCACCGCGAAUAGCAUCGGACCAGUCGUCGACCAGAGAUUCAGCGAGUACUCCACUAUCACCGAUUUCAUCGGAAACUAUCUGAAAGGUACAUCUACCGGAGUAGAAGCUGCCUUCAACAGCACCAUCGGUUCAAACUCAUCUAUUGCGGAGUGGACCGAACUGUUUACAGGCGGUUUCUGGGUGCAAUCGGACUACACUCAAGGUCUCGAGACUGGUAUACUCGAUAACUUUGUUAAGAUCUUUACAUACAAAGCCAUCAAUUUCGCAUGGAUCGACUCCGGCGUGUUUAUCAUGUAUGUGCCAUAUGGAGUAGCUAUUAAAGACACAAAUGGCAACGUUCAGCAGCAGGGAAUCGAUCAGGACUACUGCCAGAGUAGCUUGAAGGAUACUGAUAAUCUUGGAACACUCACCAUCUGCGACGCUCCUGGUGGAAUGGCCAGGAUAUUUAAUGCGGGCGUAAUCAACCCCGACCAGAAUCUCAUGCCAACCACCCCGCAAGGAUGGAGCGAACCCUUUUCCGUCCUUCCCAGUGAACCCUUCAAUAUCACAAGUGCGAUCAAGGGUUCAGUCGCCUCAUGGCAAGUUGGUGACUUCAACUACGAUGCCGCAAGCCAAUACCAAGAUGCAUUCAGCUCGGGCCAGCCCCUCACAUCGGAUUUAGUCAAGGCACUGCAGGCUCUCGACAUCGCACCAGAGACGGCCGGCUUCUUCAACAUUCCUGUCUGCGCAACGUACGACCUUCGAUUCUUCCCACCCGCUGCUUCAUCGGGAGGCCCUGGCUGUGAGUACUUGGUUGCCCUAAAUGUACAAGGUGAAGCGGCACUAACGAUCACAGUCUCCUGUAACGCCUGCGGUCAAGGGCUGGGCGGAAAGCCCGGCUCCAGCGCCAAAUUCUGGGACAAUGCGAACGAAAUCGUGCAAGCUGCCCUCACGGCCCCUCCCCCGUGCACGCAGGCAUAUGAGACGACAGUCUGUGUACAAAUCUGUCCGAGCGAUCCUUAUGGCCCAACUUCCGCCCAAAACGUCGCCGGCGGCUACGCACCCGGCUGGUGCGGCGUGCACGUGAUCCAAUACCAACUCAACCAAGGUCCCGGAACGGACACGAGCCAUUACAGACUCACGGUCACAAUCUUCGACUCCAACCAGGUUGAAAUCAGCACCUCAAAUGACACCGUCGUUGAGUCACCUCGGGGUGCUUGGACUCCAUUUUACAGUCGGGGCGGUCGAUAG